CUCUAUCCAAUGCUUAGAGGCUGCAGUUCUAUUUGGGAAGUUGGCAGCUCGCGGCAAGCUCUUUUACUCUCGCACUGGCAGUUCGACUCUGGAAUUAUGAGCAGAGCUGGUCAAUCCUGUACCUUGUUUUGAAUUUUAUUCCCAGAGAAUUGAGACCAUGGAGAUUAGCAUCGGCAUCCUCAUUGCGUUCCUUAUCUCACAGGUUGUCCAUAUUGGAACCCAGGAGGAGGGGGAGAAGGGAUGCGUGCCUGGCUUUCAGGUGAAGGAGUACCAGGUGGAGUACAACAGAGGUUUCCAGAAGGACCAUCCUCUCACACAAAUGUUAUUUGAUGACUGUGUGGGGAACGAGGGCAUGGCGUUCGAGGUGUCCCACCCAGACUUCCAAGUUGAUGAGGAGAUGAACCUGGUGGCCAGACGGGACGUGAUUGACAGCGGCACCGUGAUGUUCAUCCAUGGUGUCAAUGAGCAUGCUGAGGAUAUGGCACAGGUGGACAUUGUAGGAGCUCUACCCCGGUCUCCCCAAACACUCAGGGAGAUCCUUGGCCUUGGACAGAUCCAGCCCUACAGAUCAAAGAGAGCCCUGUUCGCCCCCCGCAUGCAUGUCAGUGAGAACAUGGAGCCGCCAUUCCCGAAAGUCAUUGGCACGGUAAGCCUCACCCGUCCGUCCCACCUCGGACACCUUCUGAUACACUAAUAGACGGAUUGUGGA